AUGGUGGUUGAGUACGAUUUAGAUGCCGUCGAACGGCUUGAACAUGAGUUUGAAGUGAUUGCUUUUGGUUUGUUCCGCAAUGGCCGGUUGUCUGGGAGCGAAGCUGUGAAGGAUCGCCGUAUUCGGGCCUGGUGUGGAGUUUCUGUCCUUUCGAUUGCCUGGUACUUGCUGGAAAUGGGUGGGUCGCUCAUUGAAGGUGCCUCCAUGGAACGAUACCUCUGGUCGCUCAACAUGCUACAGCAAUAUCCUACCGAAGAGAAUGUAGCCUCUCGCUGUGGUGGAGUGGAUGAGGGCACUUGGUCCAAGUGGGUUUGGUAUUUCAUUGAUGAGAUCUCCUAUUUGGAAAAUGACGUGAUCCAAUGGUCCAACAGAUACAUUGGGGACGUCGGCAAUGACUGCUUGUGUUCUGUGGAUGGCGUUGAUUUUCUCUCUCGUGGCAAGAAGCUUCACAAUGGCAAUCCCGACAAAACACGCUUCUCCAACAAAUUCAAAAAGGCCAGCUACCGCUACGAGUUUGCUACCAACAUUCGAGCCUCCUAUAUCUGCUGGCUUGCUGGACCGUAUCUUCCUGGUACCUACAACGAUCUUCAGAUCUUUCGUUUUGGCUUGCGAGACAUGUUGGGUGCAGAUGAGCGUGUGAAGGCCGACGAUGGCUACCUUGCGGAGGCCGAAAAGGUCAAGUGCCCUCAUUCAUUGCGAGCGCACGAGGAUCAACGGGCCAUGCGGGGACGGCUCCGCAUCCGUCAGGAGAAACUCAACAAACUACUGAAGAAUUUCCAUGCCCUUGACGUCCCCUUCCGUCAUGGGCCUGAAAAGCACGGGGCCGUCACUCGCUCCAUUGCUGUUUUCGUGUAG